UUCCCUGUCACUCCUUCCCGGCACACGGAAGCUCAGUGACCCCUUGCCAGGAUGACGGACGCCUGGGUCCCAGGCUUCAUUCUCACCUUGCUCUUAGGCCUACUCUCCAGUCUCCAACAUGUAAGCGCCAACGAGGUUAUGAAAUGUACCACCACCAUAAGCUGCCCCAAAGGAUUCAGAUGCUGUGACAGUGGAUGCUGCCCAGAAAAAAAGAUAUGGGAUCCUUCAAAUGAACCCUUCAUGAUCUUGUUCGUCAUUUUCGCGGUCAUGCUACCUCUCCUGUGCAUCUGCGGCGUGGCGAGGCGCUUUUGCCGUGUGUGCAGACCACAGCAGAACCUCAGAGCGAAUCACCAGGCACCUCCAGAACCACCUUCCGAUGCCAGGAUCUGGGUCACCGACUUGGACCCCCCACCACCCUAUAGUCAGGUUGUUCCGAAGUCAACUCGCACAGAACCACCUCCUCCCUACAGCCUUGAGGACCCUGUUGGCCAAGUGAGAAACGCAACCAUUUGAGCUACCUCACCCCCAAACUUCUUGGAUCAAGCCCAGGACUUCGGAGACUCUGGAAUGACUUUUCAUUGUGGGAGCUGAGCUGGAGCCAUAGUCUCUGUCCCAACUCCCAAGCUAAAGAUUGAGGGUGCCUGCCGUGGGAUGCAGGGAGGGCAUUGCUGGCGGAAUGCAGAUCUUGACUGGACGGCUCGUUCUGCCAUCUUACAGAAGUAUACCUCUGUGCCUGGAGGAGAUUGCAGACUGAACUGCAUGGACUCUGAGCCACCUUCCAACAAUGCCUGCACAGACAGGCCCCCACCGUGCACACCACCGCAGGAACGCACAAAACAAAUGCACUUGCUAAAGUUUCACUGACUGCUCUGUCUCUGGCUGGGAAGCAGAGGAGGUCGCCUGCGUGUCCUUGACUGCAGCAACAGUGGUGUGGCCUGAAGAGACUGGCUUCCCCAAAGCUCAGGGACUGAAAUAGCUUAUUUUAUGACUUUUAAUGGUCAUUGGUUUCUCUGUGAGGGCAUUGGGUCCCCUGGAGUGGGUGUUAUAGGUGGUCGUGAACUGCCAUGUGGAUGCUGGGAAUUGGACCCACGUCCUGGAAGAGCAGCCAGUGCUCUUCACAGCUGAACCAUCUCUCCAGCGUCCUGGAAUGACUUCUAUUGCCAUUCCAGUGGUGGGAGGGGAAGAGAUGUCACCUUUUCAGAGGUGAUCUUGGACUAUCUAUUCAUGCCACCAUGUACAUAUGUGUGCCAUGCCUGGCCUGGCAUCCAGGAUAAUAUCAGGCGCAGUUCUACAGAUAAGUCUGCAGAGGGGCCCACACACUAAACCUCGUGGAGAUGUACCUCUGCUGGUGCACUGGGGUGGGGUGUGACGAUGGUCCAUGGACCUAUGGAAGCUUGCUCUGAAAGCCAUGUGCACAAACACUAGCACCGCCCAUCCCCUAGGCAUGAAGAAUCUGCCAUGCAGUCCUACAUCAUCUGUCUUUUACUGUUGGGAGAAAAGGGAAAUUCAGAGCAGUUUAUUUUUUUAAUAAAC